AUGAGUAUGUGGUAUUCUAUUGGUACUAUUAUGGGAUAUGGUGCAGAUUUUCAUGUUCGAACAGCUCCCGGACGAUUAUUAACUAUAGGUUUAUAUCUCUUAAGCCUGGUAUUAGUGGCAACAUAUACUGCAAAUUUAGCAUCUGAUUUAACAAUAUCAAAAUCAAAGGAUACUAUUUCUGGCAUUGAUGAUAUCAAAAAUGGAAAGAUACCAUUUAGUCGUAUUGGUAUUCUUAUAGAAUCAGCAGAAGAAGAUUAUUAUUUACGUGAAAUUUCUGGAGGUGUUCGUAAUUAUUAUCCAUUGAAAACGAAAAAUGAAUUGUUUAGCAGUUUAUUAAAUAAUAUAAUUGAUGCGUCGAUUUUGGAUAUUAGUGCUAUAGAAUAUUAUACUAAUAAUAUAUAUUGUAAUUUAACACUUGCUGGGAAAGAUUUUGCCCCGAGUUCAUAUGGCAUUGUUUAUCCUAAACAAUGGUUGUAUGGAAAAGAUUUAGAUGUCACUAUAUUAUCAUUAAGAGAAUCAGGUGUUCUUGAUGAUUUAAAAAGGAAAUGGUUUGAUAAAAAUGUUUGUCAAGAUUCAACUUCAUCUUAUGUAUCUACUAGUAUCAACAUGGAACAAAUGAGUGGUUUAUUUGUUACUUUUGGUCUUAUCAGUAUUCUAUCGAUAGUGUUAUUUAUAUGGAAAAAACGAUUUGUUAUAAAAGAUUGUCUAACAAGAUCAGUACGUUGA